AGGAUUACUACAGCCAUAGAGUACUGAUCCUCUUCCUGCUCUGUCUCCCUAUUGGAAUCUCUCUAUUGUCUAGAUUGAAUCAGUGUGUGAUGUAGCUUUUGGCUGUGACUAGUAGGACAGUGGAGUUGUGUACGUCUUUUGGCGUCUAGUCUGGAGAAUAACAGGAACACUUCUUAGGUCCCUCCUUCCUGUGAGGUCAGAGGUCAGGAGGAAGUCGAUCAUGUGUCAUAUCUCACCAGACAUUCCUCCAUGUUUGUUUUCUCUGGGAGGAAUCUGGAACUUUCUAUCGACCAGAUGAGACCGUGAAACAAUGUUAUCCCCUCUUCUUAUUUCUCUCUGACCGCGCUGCCCAUUCUGUUACUGAAGACCGACCCCCCUCGGCCCAGAUAACUGUGUGGGGUUAAAGAAGACAGACUAUGGACUCUGCUUCCUGUAUCUGCCACUGGACACACAAACGCACAGCCCUCUGAGUCUGUGAAACGUCGCUGUUCUUUCUACAUCUCUGAGGAAGGUCAAGAUGUGUGCUACAAUCUAACCUCUUCCGAAGAUACCGAAGAGAAUGCUUGAAUCAGUUUUCCUUUAGGUUCAUUAAAACAUCUCCAGUACCACUGGAUCCCAGCGGCCCUUCCGUCAGCGGUCUUGACGUUAAUGUUCAGCCCGUACCAGAGGGGUAUCUACUGUGAUGACGAGAGCAUCAGAUAUCCUUACAGAAGAGACACCAUCUCCCACAGGGCAAUGGCUGCAGUCACCAUCCCCUCCUCCAUAGUCAUAAUAACUACAGGAGAAGCGUACCUGGUGUACUCCAAGCGUCUCCACUCCAACUCUAACUUUAACCAGUACAUGUCAGCUCUCUACAAGGUGGUAGGGACCUUCCUGUUUGGAGCAGCUGUGAGCCAAUCACUGACUGACCUGGCCAAGUUCACCAUUGGCAGGCCACGCCCUAACUUCCUGUCUGUGUGUAAUCCCACGGUGUGUUCUGGGUACAUGCUGCAACUCAACUGUACUGGCAACCCUCAAAACGUCACUGAGUCCAGAUUGUCGUUUUACUCCGGACACUCUGCCUUCGGGAUGUACAGCAUGCUGUUUCUAGCGUUGUAUGUGCAAGCACGUAUGCAGGGGAAGUGGACUCGUCUGGUCAGACCCACAGUGCAGUUCUUCCUCGUGUCGUUUGCGGUGUACGUUGGAUACACACGGGUUAGCGACUACAAACACCACUGGAGCGACGUACUGGUGGGACUGCUGCAGGGAACUCUCAUCGCUGUGCUCAACGUUUGCUACGUCUCUGAUUUUUUUAAGCUCCGCCCGCCUCCUCGCUGCCUACGAUCCGAGGUGGCUGAAGACGAACAACUAGAGGCCAAACCUGGCCUGAACCCAGACACACAACUACACAACAACCACUACAACUACACAACUACUUCAGCCUGAACACAGACUAACAACUACACAACAACCUCUACACAACAAUCACGGUAACCGUGAGGAAGUGGCGUAGACAGUAAUUUGUUGGUGGGUGGGCCUGUAGAAAUUUGGGUGGGCAAUUUUUUUUUUAUUAAAAUGUUUUGUUGUUGGAGCUAACUUCCAGCAAUGUUGCCAUUGGGCCAAGAGAGAAAUGUGCAGUUUUAUAGCUGUUUAUGAAUUCUAUCUGAUGAUGUUUGUAUGUUUAAGUAAAAAGACGACAAAUAAUUAGAGCCCGACCCGUAUUGGAUUUUUGGGUCCGAUACCGAUUUUGGGGGAGGGAAAAGUCACAGAUUACCGAUAUAUCUGCCGAUAUAUUGUUUUUUUUAGAGGUUGAAUGAAAAACAGACCAAAUUGUGCUUCAAAGGAUCAACACAUACUCUAAAUGAUGAUUUCUUAACUAAAUAUUAUAGUUAACAUUAUUUAAGAACAUUUUAUUUGUGGUUUACAGGAGAUCCACCAAAAUGCAAUUAUAUUCUCUAUAAAUACGACAGUGAAUACAAAGCUUGUUUAGUUGACCUAAGGCGCAACUUAAAAAUGUCUAUGGCAGUGGAAAAGAGGUAUGAAAAAGUGUUUGUGCUAAACUACCAUAAGGGUGAAUAGAUUUACUAGUGUUACAACAGUCAAAGGUCAUGUAAACAAACACUUUAUGGCAACCUUGCAAUGAGAGUAUGUUAUGACAAGCACAAGCUAGCUGUUCAUUAUGACAAUAUUUUCUUACAGAAACCAUAUUUACAUAACAUUGUUAUUCAAUACAAAAUGUAUUGGCUAUACAUUUCAACCGCAAAUGGCAUGCGCUGAUGACUGAAAAUGUUUAUGCAUGCAAAUUGUUGCUGCACUGGUUUUGUCACACGUUCUAAUUUCGCGAGCUAGCUAACAUUAGCUACUUAUCUCAUAAUGAAUGCAAGCGCAUGGCCUGAAUGAUAGACCUGCGCCAACUGUCUUGUUUUUUGCAGAUUGCAUAUUUCAGAAAACUAACUAAAUUAGCCCACUAGCUAACAUAAUAGGCCCUGACAGGAUCAGUCUUCUUUUUGUAUCAAGGACGAGUGUUCACUUUGGCGCCAGUCCAGUGUUGGCACAUACGUAGCACAGAUUGCUAGCUAGGUAGCUAAGUUUACUACCUUGCUGGCUAGCUAGCCAGCUAACGUUAACAAAGUGAGAAUGUGAUGAGGACAGGGCUGCUUGCUUGGUGAAGUGUACUUUUGAUUAUUUACUUAUGCUGGCUGUGGCAAGCUACUCACCGUCAAACUAACCAUGUCUACUUUCUCUCACACUGUGGACAAGGGCUGAAUGAUGUUCAAUGAUCAGCUGGUAGAGUGCUCUCUUUAGGCAACCACUGAAAAUGGAGCAGACAUAUUUGUUUAUUCUAUGUAUAUAAUAUGGGAACUUUAUCCAUGGAAUAAAGGCCGAUAAAAAUA